UCUCCGCGGUCAAUCCACGCGAAAACGAGCAGUGCAGGGUAAGCAUUGCGCCCGCAACGGCACGCAUCACAGCCGCGAGCUAUCAUCUCAAGGACACAGCUCUCCCAGCAGCAGAGCCAUCCAAACAAGCACCACAUGGCUCCGCCUCAGAAAACGGACUACAACACCGUCGCCAUCGAAGAAACAGGACAAGAAGAAGCCGCGAGCUACACAAAUGAGGGCCGCUGGCUCGUCUGCAGCGAGGUCAUCACCGUGGUGGCGGCACGCGCGUGGGAGUUCUCCGUCCCCUUAGCUCUCCUGGGCCCGCCGGGCCCGCACGCUUCAUUAAGAGCACCGGCGGCGCUCGCCCUCGCCACGACGCUCGCGACGGCGACGCUAGCGCCGCGGACGGGCGCCUGGGCCGACCGGAGCGAUAGGAGGAGGGCGUCGCGCGUCGCGCGCCUCGCGCAGAUUUUGGGGACGGCGCUCGGUGUCCUCGGCGUGGCGUCGCUCGUCUACGACGGGUCACGACAAAACUACGCAGCCUUAAGUCUCGUGCUCCUCGGCGGCGCCGUCGAGAGCGUCGCGGCCGUCGUCUCCAAGAACGCGCCGAAGAAGGACUGGGCGCCGGCGCUCUUCGACGGUCUGCGGCUCAGCGUCGUUGUCAAGGGACUUUCCGGGGGCAUCGCGUCGACGGCGCGGGGGUGACGCCAUCGCCGCGACAGCGCGUCGCCUCGACGGCGCGAGCGUGACGCCAUCGCCGCGACGGCGCUUACGCAUGCAUCGACGCAGGCGACGAACUGGUCGACGAGCUCUCGCGCACGACGUCGGCGCUCGCCACGGCGGGCCAGGUCGCCGAGGUCGUCGGGCCGUUGCUGGGCGCGCUCUGCGUCUCCUGUUUAGGCCCUAGACGAGGCGCCUGCGCCGCCGGCGUUUUGAACAUCGCGUCGUCGGCGCCGGCCCAGGCCGUUUUGGACUCUUUAUAUGCAAAGUGUUCGAAGCUAAGGACGCCGAGAGCCGUCCGCGAAGUCGUAGAGGAAGAAAAAGUCAACGCCUGGAAGCGCUGGGCCGCGCAGCCGUCCGGCACGUCCCUGAUCACGCUGGCGUUCUGCUGUUUGUGGUUCACUGCUUUAGCCCCGCACGGCGCGGUCCUCACGGCCUUCCUGGCGACGCAGCGCGCGGACCCCGAGCUCAUCGCGGUCUUCCGGAUCUGCGGCGCUUUUUUUGGCUUUAUUGGUAUUGCCGUCUUCUCGCAAUGCAGCCGCGUGUCCACUUCUGACGAAAGCGUGUCCGGCGCGCGGUCGGCGCGGCGCGUGUCUUCAUUAAGAAUGGCGUCGUUGGGCGCUUUGCUGUUCCAGCUCACUUGUGCUUGCCUGGCGGUCUACGCGCUACGAGACGGCGACAUGGUCCUCGUCUUCUGCGCGGCCGUGGCGUGUUCAAGGGCAGGAUUAUAUGCGUUCGACGUGGGCUACGUCGAGCUCCAGCAACUGCUGGUGGACGAGAGAGAUAGAGGCGCCUGCCAGGGCGUCGAGGCGGCGUUGUGCGGCGCCAUGGAGCUCGGGCUGGCUUUGACUACUUUAGUGUUCUUUUCGGAACCUUCUUCCUUCGUGGAACUGGCGGAGCUCUCUUCACUAUUUGUGUUGCUGGCCCUCGUCCUCUUCGCGGCGUGGCUCGCGCUGUACCGCAUCUUCGACCACAUCCACGCGGAGCGCGACCACGGCCACGCGCACACGGCGCAGGAUUUGAAAAGGUUGGCGGGCGACGGCCGCCACGUCCACGUCGCCUACGCGGGGGUCAAGGCGUGCGCCCGGUCGUCGCACGGGCACGCGCAUCCGCACCCGCAUCCCGUGCCCUAGGAGGGGUAAGUAGUGUACGCU